AUGCUUUCAUCUGUCUUCUUUCUUCUCUUCUUCAUCGUCAGAUCAGGCCAUAGAAAGGGUAUCGGCUCCACAAUCUCCAUGAGACUGCUGAGCAUCGAAUCGCUGCCAGUGUUAUCGUCCGUGCAACGUCCCAACCCUGAACCUGGACCGGAAGAGGCCAAGACAGGCUCGAGCCCAGAAAGACCCGACGGGGACACGGGGACGCGGCACAAGUCAAAGCUUAGCAUUUCUUAG